AAGAGGGAGGGAGGAAAGCAACAGAAGGAGGGAGGGAGGGAGAGGGAAAGAGAUGUAAGAGAUUGAUUGGCUACGAGUCCAGACAUAGGUCUACACUGUUGGCUCUCGCAAUUAAUCCUCCUCUCACUCUAACUCUCUGCUCUUGAUAUGUGGCGUCAUCUCUUUUCAAGCUUAGCAGCUCUUUAAGCAGCUCAUCAUUUCUCUGCUCCCUGGACAGGAGUGUCUUUAGAGGGCAGAAGCGUGCGCUGCGUUUUAAGCCGAGGAUGACUCGGCGAUGGUAGGGCUCCUACAGAACGCGGUGGGUUGAUGGCACGGUGGCACAGUCUCAUGUUGCCACGGGUAGCUCUGGGGUGCAGGGUGAGAGGAAAAGGGAACUUUAUGACAGAGUAUUAGGAUGGCCAGUGAAGGCUCCAGUAGCAUCCCCAGCCCUGUGGUGCGACAGAUCGACAAGCAGUUCCUGAUCUGCAGCAUAUGCCUGGACCGCUACGACAACCCCAAAGUGCUGCCCUGCCUCCAUACCUUCUGUGAGAGGUGCCUGCAGAACUACAUCCCGGCCCACAGUCUGACGCUGUCGUGCCCCGUGUGCCGCCAGACGUCCAUCCUGCCGGAGAAAGGUGUGGCGGCGCUGCAGAGCAACUUCUUCAUCACCAACCUGAUGGAUGUGCUGCAGCGGCCCCCCAGCGACAGCCGCAGCCAGGAGAAUGCCGUGUUGGAGACCAUCAGCUCUGUGGCCACGGGACAACCGCUCUCCUGCCCCAACCACGUAGGAAAUGUGAUGGAGUUCUACUGUCCACCGUGUGAGACAGCCAUGUGCCAGGACUGUACGAGCGGCGAGCAUGCCGAGCACCCCACUGUACCCCUCAAAGAUGUGGUCGAGCAGCACAAGGCCUCACUGCAGGAACAGCUUGACGCCGUCAAAAACCGGCUGCCUGAAAUCGACUCGGCCCUGCAGGUGCUGUCGGAGAUCCUGCAGCAGCUGACCAAUCAGAAGAGCUCCAUCGAGGGGGAUAUCCACACCACGUUCGAUGAGUUGCAGAAGACCCUGAACGUCCGCAAGAGUGUCCUGCUCAUGGAGCUUGAGGUCAACUACGGCCUCAAGCAGAAGGUGCUCCAAGCCCAACUGGACACGUUAUUCCAGGGCCAGGAUGGCAUCAACAGCAGCUGCAAUUUCACUGAGCAGGCCCUGAGCCACGGCACCGAGGCCGAGGUCCUGCUCGUCAAGAAGCAGAUGAGUGAGCGACUCAGCGAGUUGGCCAGCCAAGAGCUCCCCCUCCAGCCCGGGGAGAACGACCAGCUGGACUUCCUGGUGGAGACGGAGGGCCUCAAGAAGUCCAUCCACAAUCUGGGUACUAUAGUUACAACGAAUGCUGUGGCGUCCGAGACGGUGGCCACGGGCGAGGGCCUGCGGCAGUGCGUAGCGGGCCUGCCCACCUCUGUCACCAUCACGACUAAGGACAAGGACGGUGAGCUGUGUAAGAUGGGGAAAGCCAACAUCACGGCGGAGAUUGCCACGCCGGACGGUAGCGUGGGCGACGGCGAGAUACUGGACAACAAAAACGGGACGUACGAGUAUCUGUACACGGCGCCGAAAGAGGGUAGUUUGACGCUGUCGCUGCGUCUGUAUGACCAGCAUAUUAAGGGGAGUCCCUUUAAGAUUAAAGCGACAAAGUCGGCCGAUGUGUCGCCCAGUACUGAGAGUGCUAAGAAGAGGUUGAAGUCGCCGGGGAGUAGCCACGUCAAGCAGAAGGCCAUCAAGAGGCCAGCCAGUAUGUACAGCACGGGGAAGAGGAAAGAGAACCCCAUCGAAGAUGACCUAAUUUUCAGGAUCGGUACAAAGGGAAGAAACAAAGGGGAAUUCACCAAUCUACAGGGUGUGGCUGCCUCCUCAGUAGGCAAGGUGUUGAUAGCAGACAGCAAUAACCAGUGUGUUCAGAUCUUCUCUAACGACGGUCUGUUCAAGAGUCGCUUUGGGGUGCGUGGACGGUCUCCAGGGCAACUGCAGCGGCCCACAGGAGUGGCGGUCCACCCCAAUGGUGACAUCAUCAUAGCUGACUACGACAACAAGUGGGUUAGCAUCUUCUCCAGCGACGGGAAGUUCAAAAAUAAGAUUGGCUCGGGCAAGCUGAUGGGCCCCAAAGGCGUGUCGGUGGACAGGAACGGCCACGUCAUCAUCGUGGACAACAAGGCGUGUUGCGUCUUCAUCUUCCAGCCCAACGGCAAGCUGGUCACCAAGUUUGGUAACCGCGGAAACGGCGACCGGCAGUUUGCAGGUACACUCAAUGGUCCUCACUUUGCAGCAGUCAACCAUAACAAUGAGAUAAUUGUUACGGACUUCCAUAAUCAUUCUGUGAAGGUGUUCAACCCUGAGGGGGAGUUUCUUCUGAAGUUUGGUUCCAAUGGGGAGGGGAAUGGCCAGUUCAACGCCCCUACGGGGGUGGCAGUGGACGUCAACGGCAACAUCAUCGUGGCAGACUGGGGCAAUAGCCGAAUACAGGUGUUUGAUGGCAGUGGUUCGUUCCUCUCCUACAUCAACACAUCGGCAGACCCUCUCUACGGUCCCCAGGGCCUGGCCCUCACCUCCGAUGGCCAUGUGGUGGUGGCUGACUCUGGGAACCACUGCUUCAAAGUCUACCGUUACCUGCAGUAGCCCUCGCACACUUAGUGUACACACAAACACACACUUAUGCGUACACACUCACAUUCACAGAUUCACACACACGGAGACUUGCACACACACACCAUCCUCAGUACGGAGUAGUGGGUGGAGUUGCACUCAUCCACUUCACCCACUAAUUCAAUCCCGCCAUCCAUCACUGUUCCAUACAGAACCACUCUCUAACUGUUCACCCUGACGUGUGCCUCUGUAGCCUCGUUCGUGACCUCUGACCUUUAAGCUUGUCCUCCACCGACCCCCUGGACUUCAUAAGAGAAACCCUGCAUUUUCCCAGAAACUUAUUUUCUACUGUCGGCCAUGGGAAAGAGGAAGAAGGAGAAUCGGUCAUGUGAUGUAGGUAGGAGGGACUAUGAUUGAGAUCUCUAUGGAUUGGAGGAUGGAGAUUUAUUCGACUAGUUUCUGCCCCUGCCCCUAAUGUGAUAUACAGAAGUAGUAGGGUGAAGUUGUCCCUAGAUGCUGAUCUUGGCUCAGUUCUGCAUUUUCCCCAUCAAUAGUUAAGGUUAGGAUAGGUGGAGUGGAAGCUGAUCCUAGAUCUGAACUUAGGGGAAACUUCACCCCAGAGCUGAUAUACAAUACAUUCCUUUUUGUUUAAAGGGAUUGUUGGGAUGAUGAAAAAUGAUAACUGGGUAUCAUGGUUAGGUUGGACCAAUUCUUCCUUUCAUUAUUUAUUAUUAUGACACUUGAUGUAAAACUGGAAAUUAAUGUUUAUCAUGAAAUGAAAUUAAUGUACGGAAGUUGUUGCUAAUAUUAGUUUGACGGUCACCAAUGUGUAUGGAAGUGAGAUUGAAAGGAAGUAAAAAUCUCAAAUAAAGUGCCUGGACUUUAAUCACAGACUAGCUCCAAAAAUAUGUCUCAAUGAAUUAGAUUGUUUCACUUUCUUGGCAUUCCCUGAUUAUUAUUUGGCAUCAACGAUCACUGCAAAUAAUCUAAAGUAGCUUUUAGUAAAAUGUUCUCAGUAAAAAUAAGUUAUCUACAGGUAUCUCUACCCACCUCACCUGUUCAAUUUCAUACAUAGAACCUUAAAUAUAUCAGGGUAUUUUUUAAGCAUGGUAUCUAUUACAAGUGCAUGCAACGCUGUCUGAAAACCUUCCCACAAACAUUUGUGAAACAUUCCCAAACAUCUGCAAAACGUUUGUCAAAGAUUGCAGCCAUCUACAGGAAGCAAUCGAAGUUUGGUAUCAGAUGACACAUUUUGUGACAUCACCCAAUGGUUACAUUCUGCUUAGGAGAUAGUUCUUUGUAUUUGUGGGAGUGCUUUUUCAAUCUACACACCACCACUUGAUAUUUACAUAUAUUAACAAUAAGGAAUUCACAUACUGCUCAAUGUAUGAUAUAGUAUCUUAUCUCCUCUAGUCCGGUGGUUUCACACUUUGCUUCUCUUCCACAAUAAUAACAGACUAGGUAUUGUUGCUCAAUGCAAAAUAUUGUGUGCGUGUGUGUGUGCGUGCACGUGCUGUAAAAUACAAAAAGGGACACUUCACAUUAAACUCUUUAUGAUACUACUUAUGAUGGCUCAAAGCAUUCUUGGAUGUUAAGUUCACUUUCAAUGAGUCCUGAAAAUUAACAAUGUAGUUAUACAUCUGUGUUAUUCUUGCUACUCUGCACUGUAGGUCUUUGUAGAACUGUUAGAAACGAUAACAACAAUAUUGAAACUGAUAUUACAAACCUGUCAUCUCUUACCUCCCAUCCUCAAUUUUUCUGCCCUUUUUGUCUGUUGUCACAAACUAUUGAUACUACUCAGGUGUAGUAUUCUGAUACUGUAGCUGACACUGUCUAAUAGUUGGUCUAAAAAAACAUUAAAUGGCUUAACAGUCGAUGUAAUCUGUGUGAAUAGACUGCACUCUGUUUCAAAAGGUAAUUAGCCUACAUCAUAAUAGGUUCAGCCUUCAAAAAUGCUCUCCUUAUCUAUCUUUUUUUAUGCGUCCAUUUUGAUUCGAAAGCACUUGACUCACAUCAAUUCAUUACUUUCAUGUACAUAGUUUCAGGCACCCAUUUUGUAUUUGUCCUUGUUAAGUUAUUUGUUGUCCUCGUCCAUGUUGAUACCCUGAUGCCAAAUGGAAGAAGUGCCCAUAUCCUGUAUGUUUAGCUCUCAGUAAUGCAGCAAGUGUGAUAUGCAAUUUAAAACAUUUUGUACAGAAAGUAAGUUUUAGUGGUAAUUGCAAUGACUGGGUUGUUCCAUUCCACCCCCUGAAUGUGUAUGUAAAAUUUUUGAAGAUUGUGUAUUGUUCCAAGUGUUAUGAAUGUCAUGCACAUGGUUAAUGUCAGACACACGGACUUAGAAUGUUUUUUUCCACCUCAUACAUUCCAACUUUACACAACACCCUGUUAAAAACUGAAGUGUUAUUCCCUUUCACUGUAUCAGAACAUUCAAAUUUAAAGUCAGAUUUCCCAAAGCCCUAAUAUGCUUGCAGUAUCUGAAAACAUUUUCUCAAGUUUGACCAUUCCAUAAUUGAUGUUUAUUUGCUCUUUGUGUACAGCACAGAAAUAAAGUAUUGCAUUCCUGAAAAAAA